UCAGUUCAGUCUGAGUCGGGCUGAGGGUGUGCGGUGAUUGUAGCGAUGGAUUUAUUGAGGACUAUCACUUACCAGCAAAACUCAAAGAUGUGCGACCAGCCACUCGGCAGAUCCGCAGAUCACUGCUUCAACAAAAGACAGGAAGAUUUGACAUGCACCAGUACGGAGUUGUCCCGGAUUAUAACUGAUCCUGCUACUGGCAAAUGUUACUGUAGAGGCAAAGUGCUGGGAAAGGGAGGUUUUGCCAAGUGCUACGAGAUGACGGACCUGACCACGAACAUCGUCUAUGCUGCAAAAAUCAUCCCACACACUAGAGUAGCCAAACCCCAUCAGAGAGAAAAGAUUGAUCGCGAAAUUGAGCUGCACCGAACGCUUCACCACAAGCAUAUCGUUCACUUUUACCAUCACUUUGAAGAUAAAGAAAACAUUUACAUCUUAUUGGAACACUGCAGCCGAAGAUCGAUGGCUCACGUGCUAAAAGCUCGGAAAGUGCUGACAGAACCAGAAGUACGAUACUACCUCCGACAGAUAGUCUCAGGGCUAAAGUGUCUACAUGAACAAGGAAUUCUACACAGAGACCUCAAGCUAGGUAACUUUUUCAUUAAUGAGUCCAUGGAACUGAAAAUAGGAGAUUUUGGGUUAGCAGCAAAGCUGGAACCUGUGGAGCAGAGAAGCAGAACUAUCUGCGGCACACCAAAUUACUUGUCUCCUGAAGUUCUCAACAAACAAGGACAUGGCUGUGAAUCCGAUAUUUGGGCAUUGGGCUGUGUAAUGUAUACAAUGCUGUUGGGGCGGCCCCCAUUUGAAACGACCAACCUAAAAGAAACUUACAGAUGUAUUAAGGAAGCUAGAUACACAAUGCCGUCAUCAUUGUCGAUAUCUGCGAGACAGUUGAUAGCCAGUAUGCUAGCAAAAAAUCCAGAAGAUCGACCCAGUCUAGAUGACAUAUUGCAUUAUGAUUUCCUUACUCAGGGGUUUACGCCCGAGAGACUGUCAGAAUCCUGCUGUCAUUAUGCGCCAGACUUUCACCUGUCCAGUCCUGCCAAGAACUUUUUCAAGAAGGCAGCUGCAGCCCUGUUUGGUGGGAAGAAGGAUAAGGCCAAGUUCUUGGAUAAUCACAACAAACUGGGAAAAGAUGACGUGGAUGAUAUUUACAAGCUGAAGAAUGACUUAAAGAAGAUGUCCUUAAGUAAGCAACUGAACAGAAGUCGGUCAGAUGAGGAGUCAAAAUUGACUGGCAAGCCACCAGUUACCCACAUUAAACCUGAGAGCCCCUUGCCAAUGAAGGAUAAUGAACAGCAAAUCAGAGAUUCAAUAAGGAUGAUAGUAAGAGGAACAUUGGGAAGCUGCAGUAGCAGCAGUGAAUCACUCGAAGACAGUACCAUGGGAAGUGUGGCUGACACAGUUACAAGAGUAUUAAAGGGCUGCUUGGAAAAUAUGCCAGAAGGAGACAACUUUCCAAAAGAGCAGUUGAGCUUCUCCUUCCAAUGGGUCACCAAAUGGGUGGAUUAUUCUAAUAAGUAUGGCUUUGGGUAUCAGUUGUCUGAUCGCACAGUUGGCGUCCUCUUCAAUAAUGGAACCCACAUGAGCUUGUUGGCAGAUAAAAAAACAAUCCACUACUAUGCAGAGCUGGGCCAAUGUUCUGUCUUCUCAACAGUUGAUAUCCCUGAGAAGUUUGUUAGUCAGAUGACUAUUCUGAAAUAUUUUGCACACUACAUGGAAGAAAAUCUAAUGGAGGGUGGUGAUCUGCCUAGUUCUGUGGAUGCCCAGAAAUCUAGAUUGUGUCUCCUUCAGUGGCUGAAGUCAGACCGUGCACUGAUGAUGCUCUUUAGUGAUGGCACAUUCCAGGUGAAUUUUUAUCAUGAUCAUACAAAAAUUAUUAUUUGCAAUCACAAUGAGGAAUACCUACUUACUUACAUCAAUGAAGAUAGAGUUUCUGCUACAUUCAAGCUAUCAACACUGCUGAUGUCUGGAUGUUCACAAGAACUUCGUACCAGAAUGGAAUAUGCGUUGAAUAUGGUGCAACAAAGAUUUAAUUAAAGCUGGAACUGAGCAACCUGGCGAUGCCUUCCUUCAGUUUUGGAAGUGCCCCAAGCUGACCGUGUGCCAGAUGGUACGAGGGACCUGAACUUUGGCGUACUGGGCUGGUACCAGACAGGUGCAUUUUACAAUCCUGCUUCAUUGGACUGACAUUCAAUGGACGACUACCUGAAAUGUGGCAGUGGCCUGAGGAACUUCAGUACUUUUUGCAUUGAGGACAAUGCAGUGCAACAGUGUUGCAGCAGAGCAAGGUCAUGAGUUGAGACUUGGAGCAAGAGGAAAGUGUGUGGCAAGUGAGGCUGAGAAAGUAUUAAAGUAAUUGGGAUUUGCAAGUUGUAAAGAGACCUUUUUUUUAACCACAGCUUGUGCUGUUGAGUGCAACCAGACUUGAGUGCUUGGAAGAGAACUGACAAUCCAAACACUUGUUGUACCACAUCUUGUGGCUGGACAAUUCAUUCCAUAAUUUAUUCUGCACUGAAUAUUUAUUAUUUAUUGAAGUAUCACUGAUUCACACUUCUGAAAUGUUGAAAUGCUGAGCAAGAUAUGAUAAAUAUGAAUAAAGGUUC